GCUUUUAUCACUUUUUAAUUUUAAUUAAUUUUAUUCGGACACAUGAGGGAGUCAGAUUCUUCUUUGCUCCUUGCAAACCAUCGAACAAAUACCCAAAAAUUCAUCAAAACGCAAUCUUUUUCAACACCAUCUUCCCAAGAUUUCCUCUAAAUCAAAACCCUCAACUGAAUCAGGGGUGUAACAAGAAGAAUGGUUAAUUCAGAGACACCGCGUAAACGAGUUGCAUUCGUGUUAAUCGAUGGGUUGGGGGAUGUUUCUAUUCCAAGAUUUGGAUACAAAACUCCUUUAGAAGCUGCCAAAGUGCCGAAUUUAGACGCGAUUGCUUCUGCCGGAGUUAACGGUCUUAUGGACCCGGUUGAAGUAGGGUUGGGCUGCGGUAGUGACACUGCGCAUCUGUCUCUGUUGGGUUAUGACCCGCGGGUUUAUUACCGUGGUAGAGGCGCGUUUGAAUCGAUGGGUGCUGGAUUGGCCAUGGCUCCCGGGGACAUCGCUUUUAAAUCAAACUUUGCAACUUUCGAUGAGAAAACCGGAGUGGUUACCAGCAGACGGGCCGAUCGACACUUUGAAGAAGAGGGGCCCAUCUUGUGUGCAGCACUUGAUAAAAUGAAGCUGCCAUCGUAUCCCGAGUAUGAAGUCACAGUCAGGUAUGCAACUGAACACAGGUGCGGAGUUGUCGUAAAAGGGCCUAAACUAAGCGGAAACAUAUCGGGAACCGACCCGCUAAAGGAUAAUCGUUUGCUUCUAGAAGCAAAGCCUCUCGACAAUACAGAAGAAGCCAAACACAUCUCCGAUGUCGGAUCGUUUGGUCAUCACAAGUGUCACAGUCUCGGUGCCACGUUUGGAUUCCCAGCAAAAUUUGACUAA